AAGUCGCGAUCUUCCACCAGGUCUCAAGUAAAUUGCAGCAGGUUUUGAAGACAACUUCUGCCAGACAGAAAUCGUCCAGCCAUUUUUACCCCGAUCGGGCUGAUAGAAAUGCAAAACAAACAAUCUCAUUUGCAUGGCGAGAAACAAUAGGCGACUCCCGUGGGGGGACGCGUCCGUGUUGGCGCCAAGACAACUCCCAGCUUCCCAGCAUCCGUGUGUGUGUACAGACGCGCAGACAAGCGGCAGGGAAGGUCGAUCUGGGGACGCUGGUGUAAUAUUUACCUGUACAAGGACUUUUCUGAGACCGUGCAGUGAUUUCUAGAAGCAGAGGACAUUCCGUAGCAUAUGCCCAAGUUGAACCAACUCGGUGAGCAGCAGACGGAUUGGAUUAUUCCUAUUAUUCCACGGGAAUCGGACGAGAGAGAACCGGACAGACGCGCGGGGUUCGCCGCCAUAGCCUUGUUCUUCUGCUUCCCUCUUCUCGGAACUUUCUUGUUCUACGUUCUUCUCGUCCACAUCAGAGCCAUGGAGCCGAGUCAGACCAGGAGGCAGACCUCGGGAAGCCGUCCCCCGCUCGUCCGUAGCGGAUCGUCGGCGAUCAAGCGGCCUGCACGCCCUCCCCCUAGCCCUCCGCGGCGGCAUCGCCACCGGCCCCGGCUAGGGUCUACCGGGAGCAGCGCUGGGGAGUCCACAUCCAGCCGCGGCAGCGGUUCAAGCAGUACGCAGUUCAGCGUUAGUGAAGAGAGCGACAUGUACGAUAGGAUCAUGGCUCUGGAAGAACAGGUGACCACCUUGACUGCCGAACUGAAGCAGGCCCGGACGGUCCACCCUGCGAAGCACCUUGUUCUGCGGAUGAUGAACGAGAAGGCGGCUGAGAUCGGGCGGCUGACGGGACAGCUCGCGCUCAAGUCCGAGGACAACGUGCUACUGCUGGAGGAGAACGAGUCGCUCAAAGUCGAGAAUGAGGCUCUCAAAGUCCAACUGGUGGCGCUCCGAACAGCCUUAAGCGUGAUCCGGCCCAUCCCAGUCCACCGAGGCGAACAGCAGUCGGCGGCGGCGAGGCGAGCGGCCUACCUCCGCUCACAGAGCGCGCCCUGCCCGGUGGACACCCUCGAGGAUCAACCCACAACAUCAGCGGCAAGAAGAUCAGCAUACGGCCGGUCAAAAAGCGCUCCAAGCCCGACGUCAAGCCAAGACGACGUGUUCCUACCUGCGGUGUCUGAAAUGGACGAGGUUGAUUCGGUAGAUACCAGACGACAGCGUUUUGCCAAACAGAACUCUCAGAGAAGGGGCUCCUCCAUCAAGAAAAUGUUUAGGAAGUUUCGGAGAAUGAGCAGCUACCGCGGUUAAAAACGGUUAACAUGUAGAACUUGAAACGUGGGUUAGUUAUAUAAACAGAACUUUAAUGUUUGUGUUGUUAGACCACCAAUGUACAAGUACCAACAGACACACAGUAACCGACCGUUCAUAAAAGUAGAAUUGUUGCAGACGAUCACCUUUUUUGUAGGCAUGCCUCGUACUUAGUUUAUGAACGCUGUGUUUAGGCAUAGAAGAAUCACAAAGCAGGGUUUUUGACUUCAUAAAAAGUUCCUCAAGAGUUCCCUGUUUUUAAAUGUCCAAAAUACAUUGGUGCUGUUAAAAUUGAAUUUAUAGAGUUUUAUUUUUUAAUUGACCUGUGUCAACAUUUGUCUUGUUAAUUUGAUUUUAUGUAAUUUUGAUCGAUUAAUUGUCGUACAAACUUAAUGCGAAAUUUUUCCAAUGAUUGUUCCCAUGGUUUGAUCAACUUGUCAGAGUCAAGAAUCACAUGAAAUCUUGUUAUACAAAGUGUACGUUGGUUGCAUGUUGUUGGAGUAAUUACACUUGUUUGCUUAUUUUACAA